UUUUUUUUUUAGUAACUCAACCUAUUUUCUUCACCUAGUUCUUUUCUAUUUCCUUAUGUCGAAUUCAAUUAAUACUUUUAACGCUAUCAAGAAUAUCUAUAUCUCUUACAAUAACCAAACUAUUAAACGCGAACGUGAAAGUUCCGUGGAUAUAGACUCUUCAUUGUCUAUUCCUGAAGUAAAGAGAAGGCGGAAGCUUACUUAUUUUAACGGGAAUGGCCAAAAGAAAUGGGAAAUUCAAAAUCCCCUUAUUAUUGAGGAUGUUAACAUAUCCUCAAGUUUAGCCAGGUUUAGAAGAAAAAGUAUUAGUGCCGCUGAAAAAAAGAGGGAUCUCACGCCCAUACGAAUCUUGGGCUUGUCUUUUAUUUUUCCUGUCAACAAAUUCGACAGCGUCAAUUGCAUCUCCAGCUACUUGGAAGAGGAAGUAGCUGUUGCUUUGGAAAGAGAAGCUUAUAAGGGUAUUCAACUACCCAAAGUUUCAGGCCUGGCAGUACUUUACUGCAAGCAGCUCAUUGAUGAGGAGGAUAUUCAACCAUCCUUUGCGGCUACCUCUGAUCUCGAUGACGCUGUGGUUGAGUUGGCUAAGAGUUUCUUUACUGGCUCCGCCAUGGCUAAUGACAGGUCAGAGGCCAGCUUCACAAUGAAGUUCUUGUGGCCAGUUCUUCAAAUGAUGCUCCUAGACGGGGCUGAUGAAGAUACUGUUUUUUCUGUGGUUGACGUUACUGAAGAAGGUCGCAGUUGCAAGCCAGACUUCCAAUUAGGCUUAAAAAACCGCAAGAGAGAAGUUUACUUCUUUUUUGUUGAAGUAAAGCGUCCAAACAAGCAAAGCAAGUAUCAAGAGGAAGACGAUUUUGUCAAGCUUCUGAAGCAACUCAAGACAUCCUUGGAUCGUCAACUCUUGUUGGGAAUGAAAAAUCCCAUUUCCUUUGGCUUACUUUGUGAAGGUUUUCACUGCUCCCUUUAUAGAAUGAGCCUAAAGGCAGAAGGCGUUUAUAUGCCUGUUAUGAUCAAACGCUUCUCCUUGGUUAGCAACAGCUCAGAAUUAAUGAAUACACCAUUAAUUGUUGAAGCCAUUGGCGCCGUCAAGAAUGAGUUUGCCUCAUUCAAGGCAAAGUACCAAGAAAGAACCAAGGAAGAAGUUGAAAAGAUGAGCAAUUUGAUGAAGCCAUCUUUUGUUACAAAAUUCAAAAAAUAAAAUUCCAUAUAAUUUAUUCCAAG